AUGCGGAGACGGACUCUCCUGUGUUUAGCAGCACUCACAAUCGCUGUGAGUGCACAAGUGGUGCCCAAUCAUGUCAGUUUAAAUGAGAAGAGAAAACACAUUGAGGUGGACUCAACGUGGCUCGAUAAGAAACAAAAGGAAGUGCAAAGGGUAGCCCUUGACGCAUCAAACAAGGAGAAAGUCGUGUUGGAUCUAUUGAACACCAAUCAGAGAUUCAGUGCCUCCUCAGCCGGAAAUGUCGCAGCCGCCGAGACUUUCGAUGGAAAGAGAGCACAAGUGCAGAAGAUUGGAGAUAAGGGAGGAAUCGCGACGGUUGAUGGGCAUAAGGCUCAACUCCGCACGAAAACCGACGGCGAAGGAGAACACGCUCUUCUAAAGGCUGACGGAAAGUACGAGCUGGAUACUGUAGCUAAAGGAGACCUGAAGGGAGAUCCAUCGAAGACCGAAUUCGAAGCGAAGAACGAGAGAUUGGAUUUCAAGCUGAACCCACAUGCCCACAACAAUAAUAGUGGAGAUGGUACGCUGUCGUUUUAUGAUAAGAUAACAAGCAACAUCGUCAAGACUCAUUAUUUCAUAAUUCUAAAAUUCCAGGAAAAAGACAAAAACGGAAAGUACGCCUACACAAUUUCUCAAAACGGCAAGAAAACCGACGCGACUCUCUCCGCUGACAACCUGAUUGGAUCUGAACUAGAGCAGUCGCUUUUCGGAAGACGUAACAACAAAUAUCACUGUACUGCAGAGACACCAGGAGUCUCUCAGUGCUAUGAUGCCAAGGGACAAUCCGUUGGAAAAGUCGUAGCUGAUAAGAAUGGAAAUACUGUAGUCUAUAACGAUAAGGAUGUGCCAAUCGGAACGGGAUCUGUGAAGCAAACCGGGCCACGAUCCUAUGAGGCUGUGAUCUCCAAGAAUCUGUUCAUUGCUAAGUUGAAAGAUGUAAGAUCCGCUGCGUGCUGCAAGGAACUUACUGGACAAGAAUGUGCUGCUCCUAUCAAACUCGCUAACCCAACAUUCAACCAUCCAUCUCAAAGAGAAGGAGACGGAACUUUGCACCUCACUUGGCCAGAUUGCUUCGAUAUGGGAAUCGAUAUCACAUUGCCACCAGGAGUCCAUAUCAAUAAGCUUGCUAUGAAGCUUGAUGUCUCCAUUCAACCAAUUGGAAAACUUCGAUGCAUGGAUGUGGCGACUUGUGGAAGAGAAUGCUUCUAUUGUGAUUGGUGUAAAGAGUCGAGAAAAUUAAAGUUGUUGGAGAACACAGAAGGCAACUUGUGCAGAGCAACAGGAGAACGAACCUAUCGGCUCACCACAAAACUUUGUCCACCUCCAGAGGAUCCUAACUUCACUAUGUGCACAGCAUUCUCCAAAUCGGUUUGGCAAAAAGACUACUGGCAAAAGCAAGGAGCUGUGGAUGUCUGGAUGAAGUUUUAUGAGCGUGGACAGACUAGACCGGAGCUUGAGAAGGAAUUCUUCGCCCAGAUUGAUAACCCAUUGCUCGGAAAAGCCUUCAAAUUCGCCAUUAUUGGAGAGUGGCUAGCUGCCAACUCUCUGGAUCAGGGAUCCUAUACCCCAACCAACUCUGAACUUCUAGAAUACUGGGUCUCGAAACGUGACCCAGAUCGUUUGUUGGCUUGUCAGCACGCUGUUGUGGAUUACGAUAUUGAAGGAGCCAAGGUGAAGACCAACUUGCUGUUUGAAGCAGCCACCACUGCCAACUCGAUUCCAAAUAUUCUCAAGGAUAAGAAGUGUGGAGCUUUCGAGAAGCUUCAAGAGGACAGAUUCCAGAAGGAGGCUGCGGAUUAUAAGCGCACUUCUGGAGGUGGAAACUUCUUGUCGGGACUUGGAGGAUUUUUGAACACUGUUAGAGGAUAA